CACCAAGCCCAGUCACUAGCCUGGUCAGCGUCCGCUCCGUCCAACCCCAAUUCUUGCGCCAGGGAGCCACUGCACGUUUCCGCGGGAGGAAACGAGCACUUCUCCUCCGCUGGUGGCUGGAAGCAGCCGCCGCCCCGCUCCCCUCCUCCUUACCUGAUCCCUACGUCCCAGUUCCCGAGGCCCCGCCCGCUACGCUGUGCGCGGCGCUGAAGCCGGAAGCAAGUGCGCUUCUGCGCGUGCGCGAGGCGGCGGCCAUGUCUCCCAGCUCCCGCGCUCGGGUCUGAGGUUAAUUUUCGCCUCUGUCCGCUGCCAACGCGCCUCGGCUGGGCGGGCCCCAGGUCCGGUGCACGGGGGGCGGAGAGCUCGGCCUCGGGGCUCGGCGGUCAAAGGGCGGCCGCCACCGGAGCUUCUCUCCGCCGCGGCGCUUCCUCGGAGAGCCCCGGCCAGCUCGCUCCCCGAAUCAGCAACUCCGGGCUGGAUCCAGCAGUUGGAAAAGAAAAGCAUCCUUGCCAUUCGGGUCACGGGAAGAGAGCUCGACCUGGUUGUCUCCACGCUGCUCUGUGGAUUUCGGCGUGUUCGGGAACAUGGAGGAAGAAAGAACAGCUGCUGAAUUACAGAAAAAUAUGACACAGGACUCAGUGGUCUUUGAGGAUGUGGCUGUGGACUUUACCCAGGAGGAGUGGGCUUUGCUGGAUCUUGCUCAGAGGAACCUCUACAGAGAUGUGAUGCUGGAAAACUUCCAGAACCUGGCCUCACUAGGGUAUCCACUACACACACCCUGUUUGAUUUCCCAGUGGAAACAAGAGGAGGACCUGGAGACAGCGAAGAAAGGACCUUUCCAGGGGGAGUACCACGAAGGUUUUGAGACCCAACAUAAAACUAAUGAAUCAGUCACUCCACAAGAUAUUUGUGGAGAAAAAACAUCCAGUGAACAGAAAACAGUAAGAUUCAAAAGGAAUGAUUCCUGGUCGUCCAUUUUACACAAUAAGUGGGAAUACCAUGGUAUUGAUUAUCAGAACAAAAAUCAUGAGAGACAUUUGAGAAGUCAUGUGGUGGAGAACAUCUAUGAAUGUAAUGAAGAGAAUCAGUCUGGACAAAAAACCUUCAGCCAAAUUCCAAAUCUUAAUAUACCCAAGAGAACUACUGAAGUAAAAUCCUAUGAAUGCCGUGAAUGUAAAAACGCCUUCACAGAUCAUUUAUCCCUUAAGAAUCACAUCAAGUCUCACACUGGAAGCAAACCCUAUCAGUGUAAGGAAUGUGGGAAAGCUUUCCAUUUUCUCGCUUGUUUUAAGAAACAUGUGAAAACUCCCACUGAAGAGAAACCCUAUGAAUGUAAAGAAUGUACCAAAGCCUUCAAUUGUUCUUCAUUCUUUAGGGCACAUAUGAAGAUUCACGCCGGAAGGACAAACUAUGAAUGUAAAGAAUGUGGGAAAACCUUUAGCUGUUCUUCAUCCCUCACAGAACACAAAAGAAUUCAUAGUGGAGAUAAGCCUUAUGAAUGUAAGGAAUGUGGGAAGGCCUUUAGUUGUUCCUCCUCACUCUCCAAACACAAGAGAAUUCAUAGUGGAGAUAAGCCAUAUGAAUGUAAGGAAUGUGGGAAGGCCUUUAGUUCUUCCUCUCAUCUUAUAAUACAUAUAAGAAUUCAUACUGGAGAGAAGCCUUAUGAAUGUAAAGAGUGUGGGAAGGCCUUCAGUGAGUCCUCAAAACUCACUGUACAUGUCCGAACACAUACAGGAGAGAAACCCUAUAAAUGUAAGGAAUGUGGGAAAGCCUACAAUUGUCCCUCCUCCUUAAGUAUCCAUAUGAGAAAACACACUGGAGAGAAACCCUACGAAUGUCUGGAAUGUGGAAAAGCCUUCUAUCUUCCUACUUCCCUUAAUACGCAUGUGAAAAAUCAAAGUAGAGAGAGACCCUAUGAAUGUAAGGAAUGUGGAAAAGCCUUUAGUUGUCCCUCGUCCUUUAGAGCACACGUGAGAGAUCACACUGGAAAGAUACAAUAUGAAUGUAAGGAAUGUGGGAAGGCCUUUAGUCGUUCCUCAUCCCUCACUGAACACUUAAGAACUCACAGUGGAGAGAAGCCUUAUGAAUGUAAAGAAUGUGGGAAAGCCUUUAUUAGUUCCUCCCACCUUACAGUACAUAUAAGAACUCACACUGGAGAGAAACCUUAUGAAUGUAAGAAAUGUGGAAAAGCCUUUAUUUAUCCCUCAGCCCUUAGGAUCCACAUGAGAACGCACACUGGGGAGAAACCCUAUGAAUGUAAGGAAUGUGGGAAAGCCUUUCGCCAUUCUUCAUACCUUACUGUGCAUGCAAGAAUGCACACCGGAGAGAAACCCUUUGACUGUCUGGAAUGUGGGAAAGCCUUCAGUUGUCCCUCAUCUUUUCGAAGACAUGUCAGAAGCCACACUGGAGAGAAACCAUAUGAAUGUAAGGAAUGUGGAAAGGCCUUUGUUUGUCCUGCCUACUUUCGAAGACAUGUGAAAACUCACUCUAGAGAAAACACAUAAGGAAUAUGGGAAUGUCUGCAAGACUUUUUCAAAUCUUAGGCAAUAUGUGAGAUGUCACACUGUGGAGACACCCUACACCCUAUGAAUAAGAGAGUGGGAAAUUGUCGCUCAUGUUUUUGAAGACUUUUGAGAACUCACAACUGAGAAAAACCCUGUGUAUGUAAACCAUGUGGUAAUGCCUUCAUGAACAUCACUUAUUGUGUGUAAGAAAAUUCAUACUGGAAGCAAAGACCAGUGCCUCAUCCUUAGAUUGCUGGCUCAUUGAUUUUCAGUUUUUAUUUUCUGAUAUGAAUAUUUAAGGUGAUAAAUUUUCCUCUAAUACCUUUUCAGCCCCAGCCACAUAUGUUUUAUUAUAGAGUGCCUUUAUUUUGGUUCACAUGUAAAUGUUAUUUCCAUUACAAAGUCUUUUGGGCUCAUGGGGGAUUUGAAGUGUAUUUUUUCAUAUGCAGGCAGGAGUGGUCCUUUUUAAAAUUUAGGUUCUGAUUAACUCCUAUUGUGUGCAGUCAUUAUGAUAUAGCACUUUGGUAUUUGUAAUUUCUUUUGUAAUUGGUAAUUUCUUUUUGAUCUAGUGUGGCAGAUACUGGAAAUUGCCUACCCAGUAUUUUUUUCCCCUUUGUAGUAAGAACUUAAA